GGCCCCGUCUGAAAUCCUAGUGACUGUAUUGCGUUAGGUGCCUCCAACCAUGCAUAGAUGACUAGUCUACGGACAGCUCGCAACCGUGACAGCCCGGCUAGGUUUCGAAAUUUCUUUCGCCUUUUGUGUAACACAAAGGUUAUCAAACAACUCACCUCACAUCAUUGCGCCUUAGUCACUUGCCUUUCCACAAGGCCACCGAUAUACACCAUAAUCACCCAGGCAGAACCGUACACACAGAGUAACCCGAGUCAUUGCCAGCAAAGGUCUCGUCGAACCAGCGCUCAAAGCUGGCUUCCGUGGUCGAAGGACAGGGACUGGGUUUAGAUGGCUGGAUUAAUGGGCUUUCCUGCUCGGGGUUUCCGUCCGAACCAAUCCUACGAUGAAUCAUAUAGCAGCGACAGCGACACUUUUGGACGAGACCCACGCGAGCAACGAAGGAGGUUUGCAGACUUCCAAAGACAAGCAUAUUUACACAGGUUCCAAGACCAGCAAUCGUCGCCCCUAAGUAUGGGAGGUUUUCAGUCGCCUUUUUUGAAUCGCACGAGAAACAAUCCUAUGAUGGGGCCACAUGCGCAGUUUGGCAUUCCUUCGCCUCUUGGUAUGGGUAUGGGUAUGGGUAUGGGUGGCGACCGCAUGGGUGGUAUGGGCUUUGGGAUGGGCAUGGGAGCUGGAAUGGGGCUGGGAAUGGGGGGAGGUAUGGGGAGAGGCAUGGGCAUGGGCAUGGGCAGAGGCGGAAGUAUGGGUUUCCCGGGUCGGUCGCCCUUCCUAGGCGGUUCACCGAUGGGCUAUCGGCAGCCUUCGCCAUUUGGACUAGGCCCUUCACAUCGAUCACACCCGAUGUUUACCAACCGCCAUCGCCAGAACGCCCAGCCAUCAUGGCCUCAAUCCCGUCACAGCCCCUUCGUAAGGGGCUUCUAUGAUGACGACGAGGAUGACGACGAGAGCGAUUACGAUACGCCUUCGACAUACAACUAUCCAAGGCGGCGAAGAGGGGGAGGCUUGGGACAAUUUAGGCGUUCGCCCUACCAAAGUCGACAUACACCACGUUGGAUACAUGGUCACAACAACCGCUAUGAAGAAUAUGACGAUGAAGACGACGAAGGCGAUGAAAGCGAUUACGAAAAUUACUACCCCGUGCGUCGCCGAAGGCCCAGAUAUUAGUUGCUCUUGCGAGGCUGUAUCCACCGCUGUUUGAAGAAGAUGGCUUCGCAGCAUCUUCAAGAUACAGAGCGUCUGCUUUGGUCAAUGGCGUUGAAGCGAAUGAUUCACAACACC